AGAAAAUAGAAAACUAUCACGCGAUAAAUGUCAAUCUUUGGAUGCAUUAUGUGUUAAUACAAAAUGGAUAAAAAAAUUCGUGAAUCACUUCCAAUACGACUUACAAAAUUUUAUCUAUUUUUACUGGGCUUUGGUACUGGACAACAUGAAAAACAAAAAACAUUACUAAAGUUAAUGUAUUUUUAUGCUGUUAUAGCAUUAACAAUUGGUGGAAUUGUUGUUAUCAUGGAUAUAUAUUACUGUUGGAAUGAUUUUUAUGAAGCAAGUUAUUCUCUUAUCAGUCUUUUAUCAUGGACAAUUGUUACAAUUAAAUUUAGUGUAUUUUCGCUAAAACAAAAAGCCUAUUUACAACUUAUGAUUGAUGGUAAAGAUAAAUUAUGGUAUGGAAAAUUUAGUGGCUAUGAAAAUAAAAUUAUUAAAAAAUGUGAAAAACAAAGUAUGAUGUUUAUUGUAUUAUUUACAAUUAUGGCACAAUUAACAGCUAUAACAUAUGCUCUAGAGCCAAUUAUUGAAAAUAAUACAAGAAAUUUAACUGAUCGUCUACUUCCAUUUACGCUGUGGAUAAAAAAUAUUCCAUUUUCUAAAACACCAUAUUAUGAAUUUUUUUUCAUCUUAGAGAUGUGUUGUGUUUUUUACACAUCAUUUGGCUAUUUUUGUUUCGAUAAUUUUCUUGCAUUAUAUAAUAUAUUUAUAACUGGAAAAUUUGAAAUAUUAAAUAACAAGCUAGAAACACUUUAUGAUAUUAAAAAAUCACAAAAUUCAAUUUAUAAUAAUAAAAAAUAUAUAACUGAUAUUAAUUUAUUAAGAAAAAAAUUUUCUGCAUGUGUUAAACAACAUCAAUUAUUGAUUCAUUUAACUGAACAACUUGAAUCAGUUUAUUCAUUUAUAAAUUUAAUUCAAACAGUGUUAUUUAGUUUGCUUGUUUGUCUAGUUGGAUAUCAAUUAAUUUCGCCAGGUAUUCGUCCAUCAAGACGUGGAAAAUUUGUAAUAUUUCUUAUUGGUUGUUUACUACAAUUAUUUACAUUUGGACAUACUUGUAAUAAUGUUAAUAUAGCUAGUAGUGAAAUUAGUAAAGGCACAUCUUACUCAAAAUGGUAUACAAUAAAUUCCAUUGCUGGAGGUAGAAUGUUAACAAAAGAUCUUAUGUUUGUUAUAUUAAGAAGUUGUCGUCCAUGUUGUCUAACUGGUUGGGGAUUUUUUCCUAUUACUUUGGAUACAUUUAAAUUGAUAUUAAAUACAGCUUUUUCUUAUUUAACAUUAAUGAGAAAAAGUGGAAAAGCCUCGACGUAAUUAUGAGAUAAUUAUAUUGCAUAAAAUUU